AUGCUUCCAAACCUCUCAACCAAGCUCCUAGCUUGCGCAUCCCUCGCCGCCGCCCUUCCAAGCAGCAAUCCAUACCCGCAGAAGAACUACACGGAAACAGAGAUCCUGGGUGCUCUUGCGGGUACUUACACGCUCAUCAACACCACCAGCGCACUUAAUGGCGUCUCCAUCCCCGACGCCGCAUAUGGCACCGCCCCAAUCGGCAUCUUAAUCUACACCUCCACCGGCUGGAUGUCCGCCACAAUAACCGCUACCGAACCCGAGCUCCGUCCCCCACAACUCAUCUUCCCCUUCCAGGCCAACGACACGGACGCCGACUGGGCGCUCGUCGGCAAGCAUAGUAUCGGCUACGCGGGCCCGUUGAGGUUGAGCGAUGCGAUUCCGGCGAAUCUCACGCAUGGCCAGGUCUUCCAUGGGCCAUUGACUGUGGCGAAUGUGCCGAGUUGGAAGGGACAAAAUCAGAGGAGGAAUUUUACGGUGAUUGAGGAGGGCGGGGAGACGCUUUUGAGGAUUGGGAGUGAGAGGGGAGGGGGGUAUACGGGGGUGCUUUGGUGGAGGAGGGUGGCGAAGGAGACGUAG